AGGGAGCAGUUAAGAAAAAAGAAAAAUAAGAAUGGGUUGAAUUUGCAGAGCUAUCCAAUCACCUGGACGGCACAGCCUCACUUACACUGCUUCUCCUGUCAGAGAAACACGGACAAGAAUCUAUUCAGCCUACCCAGGAUGGAAAUGAAGGUGGCAUUAUGGGGAAAUGAACAACGAUCUUAUUCUAAACUAAAUUCAGAGUUAAGAUUAGAUCCUUGAGUACAUCUUGACGGACUGUUCCAGAUCAGCAUACCCUGGAUUUCAGUAAUCUGAUUUGCAUUACGUGAUGAUCUGGACUAGAAUUAGGGUCAGCAAUGCGAGUAGACUUCAGUUCACAAUGCGAGCUCUGAAAUCCAAGCCUUCACAGUGCUCUUCUCCUUGACAACUGAUUUAUUGGUAGCAACAGAACUGCGUGGUACAGCACUUUUAUUCAGAUGUUCACCACCAAAUGAAACACCAGUUCCAAAACUGGGAUUGUUUAGAUUGGAGGAGACUCUGGGGAGACCUUAUAGCUCUACAGCUACCUGAAAGGAGGUUGUGGCUAAGCGAGGGUCAGCCUCUUCUACACAGCUGGUGAGAGGAUGAGAGGCUGCAUCCUCCUCAUUCCAACUGACAGCAUGGAGUGCUAGCAGUGGCUUCAUUCACUAGCUCUCCUAAGUAAAGGUAGCAGCAAGAGAGAAUGGGAGUUGUUACAAAGUUUCUGCUCUCCAGGCUCCUACAGAAGUACCUGGACCUUCUGGUGGAUGGCAGGAGUGGGCUGAGGAUAUUUUUCCCUCUUUGUGGUAAAGCAGUCGACAUGAAGUGGCUGGCAGACAUGGGACACAGCAUCGUCGGCGUGGAUGUCAGCGAGCAAGCGCUGAAGGAGUUCUUUGCAGAUCAGGGUCUCCCUUAUCGUGAAGAGCCAGUCCCAGAGAUCUCAGGAGCCAAAAAGUUGCAGAGUACCUCUGGAAACAUUUGUCUGUACUGCUGCAGCAUUUAUGAUUUGUCCAGUGCAAUUGUUGGCAAGUUCGAUGGGGUUUGGGACAGAGGAGCUCUGGUGGCUGUGAAUCCAUGCGACAGGCAACGCUAUGUCACCUUGAUGAGCUCCCUAAUGGAGAAAAACUCUUCUUAUCUCCUCGUUACAGUUUUAUAUGAUCCAACCAAAUACAACGGACCACCGUUUUAUGUUCCUGAAUCUGAAGUUAAAAGCUUGUUUGGCAGCCAGUGUGAAAUUAAGUGUCUUCAGAAAGUCAGUGACUUCUCAGAGAGACACAAGCAGUGGGGACUAGAUUAUUUUCUGGAAGCAAUGUAUCUAAUAAAGUUUGUAGCUUCAUUAAAAUCAGUUUAAACAACACACCUUCUGUGCAUGGGAACUGUUGAGUCACGGCCUGAAGCACUGAUUGAUCACCGGAGGCAAGGACUGCAUGGAGCACAGCUGAAGGCAAUUUAGGUGUGUGAUAGAAGGUGUGGAGCCUGGCUGCAACUCUCCUAGACCCCAUGUAAGGGCUGACUGCCACAAGGAAGGGUCUCUUUCUGGAAAUGCCUCCUUCUGGAGUUUUCUACUGUGAGCCUGGGAUGUGGGUGAGCAGUUCAUUUUUGAUUGUCUCUUUCCACUGUGAUAAUCUAACUAUAAACCUUUAGAAUACCAUCCUGAUUACACCA